GAACCUCCGGUGCCGCCGGGACGAGUUUUGAACCAGGUGGCGGCAGCAAGAUGGCGUCCGAGGCUGCGCAGUACCGGAGAAGACGAGGACGGGCGCUGACGUUUCAGCGCAAGGACACCGCAUGCAGUUAUCCCCCUCAGUAAGAACAUAACCACGGUGCCGGAGAUGGUUUUACGGCGGAAUAACAGACGGUAGCGCUCGGAUUCAUGUCACACCGUCGAAACACUCGAUCUGUUCCACCACGCAGAAGGAUGCUGUCUUGAACCAUGGUACAGAUGUAUAAAAAGCAGGACCCUCCUCCCCUUUAGAUGUCUGGGACCUGUUCAUGGCUUCUAAGAAGAAGCAGAAAGGAAUGGUUCUCCAUCAAGAAGGGGCAACCACCCCUGCAGCAGCACCUGCAGGGGACCAUCCCUCUGCAUGCUUUGUUGUUCCAAAACUAGGGAAGGCGAGUGACGGUGGGAUGGAGCAAAGCACCGGUGGAAGCAGUGAAGAGGCAGAUAUGAUGGGUAAACCAAUUAUGUACCCAUCAAAGGAAGCCAUCAGGACUUCUGUUGGACUCCUUUCUGCGAAACAUCCUGCCAGUUCAAACUCUCAGCCAGACAAUCUCUCACCAGACAGCAUCUGCAAAGGCAUCCGAGUGACGCUGGACAACAACAGCAUGUGGAACGAGUUUUUCAGAUGCAAAACGGAGAUGAUUCUGACUAAACAAGGCAGCAGAAUGUUCCCCUACUGCCGCUUUCGCAUCUCUGGCUUGCAUGCAUCUCGGAAGUACUUGUUGAUCAUGGACAUUCGACCAUUGGACAACAGUCGAUACAAAUGGACCGGCAAGAGCUGGGAAGUUGCUGGAAAGGCAGAGUGUCAUUUAAAGAGUCAGCCAUUCGCUCAUCCAGAUUCCCCGUCAACGGGUCAACACUGGAUGCAGAGUCCAGUGUCCUUUUACAAACUGAAGCUCACAAACAACAUCUCAGACCAAGAGGGGAACGCCAUCCUGCAUCCGAUGCACCGCUACUUGCCACGACUGCACGUGGUCCAAACUGACAAAGCUGCUAAAGACUUAAAACUAACUGGUCCCAAUGUUGUCACAUUCACGUUCCCCCAGACUGAGUUUAUGGCAGUCACUGCUUACCAGAACUCACGGUUUUCUCAGCUUAAAGUCGACUACAACCCGUUUGCUAAAGGACUGAAGGAGGACGGCUCCAGUUUGUUGGGCCCAAAGCUGAAAUUGAACUCUUGCAAAGACUCGCAUAAAGGCGGUGACACGACAAGCAACGAGCAGAACCCUGUGAAGAAGAGCUUGAAGUCUUUGCUUGCAAACCAUAAACCUAGAAGCUCAAAAACAGCAGACUCAAAGCCUUCUGUGUCGGGUGAUCUCCAGAAAAAUUCCACUACAAACAAAGAUCAGUCAGCUGCCAAGGUCACCGGGGAAUGUUCGCGCAACAAUUCACGUCCAGCUCAGAAGUUAUUUUCUGAACUUAUUCGGGAGGCUCACGUUUCACUGCAAAGAUGCAACCUGGAGCAGCUGGCCAUCAACAACGGCAGCACCUCUCACAGAACUGAGCAAACUAACACCACAACUCUGACAAACAACGUACAAGAUGUUCCCAAGAGGGACAGUUUGUCAGUCAAAACACAUGGAGAAAAAUCACCUGCAAAGAAAGGUGAAUCUGUAACAAAAAGGAAAGGGAAGGACGACAAGGACCCUUUGAAUUCAUUGAACUGUAAAAACAAUGUUAGAACAGAUUGUUCUGAGGUCAGUAAUGUUGCUGCACUGUCCCAGAACUCCUCUGUGGACUCCGUAGACCCCCAACGUAAGCCCGAAACCCCAUCAAAGGAGAAAGUAAAGCAGCACAAACAGCCAGUCCGUCUGCCUCUGCCAGCUCUCGCUCUUUUUUUGAAGCAACAUUCGACGAAAUCUAAAAAGGUCAAGAGCGACCCGGACACUCCCUCUCCAGCACUCCCAUCUGAAUCUACUGCUCUACUGAGUUCUACUGCAGCUUCUGCAUGCCCGCCUUCUGACCUGAUUGGUGAUGGCACCAAAUGCAACAACCAGGCCUCGGGAUGUACUCCUCUUCAUGCGGAUGAAAUGGUUUUUAGUGUUACGGGACAGCCAGCUGGAACUGCCCAGCAGCCUUCCAGUCCAUCGUAUCCAGAUGCUAUUGCCACUGCUGAUCCAAAGGGACACAGAACUGAUGAUUUCUUUGCCUCCAUUUCAUUUGCUGAAAGCCCAGGCUCAGAGCCAGCAGUACCAGAUGUUACGCCAGUAUUAUCCAACUCUGAUCAGACAUUUUGUACCCUUGGAACAUCUGUAUAUACCAGUUCGUCAACUCUUACUACCUCUUCUGCAUCUCCCGUUUUGUCACCACCCUAUGACACAGCGAUACCUGCCCCAAACUCGCCACAAACCUCAACCAUCACUGAGUCUUCCUCACUACCUUCAGAUGACCCCACCAUGAAGUCUGAUUCUUUGCUUCCUGACCCUGAGUGUUCUUCUUUUGGCUUCGAGACUUUGUCCCCAGCAAGCUCUCCAGAACCUUUACCUUCCCUGCCCACCGCGUUAGCUUUAGAACUCAACUCCACUACUUCUGAGCCAACUCUAAAAGCAGUACCGGAAGAGCUACCGCUUGGCAAAGACGUUACCCCAUGUGUGUUUAAAUGGCAUACAGUGUUACCUCCGCCUGAGCCAUACAUGGAGACUUCAUUUACACCAUUUCAGCACUCUCCCGACGCUCAUCCUUUAGCGUCUGUUAUGUCACCUUCAUUGCCUUCUCAGACUCCCUCCCACCCUGAACAACAGACUCUUGACACAUCCAGGCCUCCAGCGGAUGCUGCUCCGUCAUUUCAAGAAAACGAACAGUUGCUGCCCUUCCCUGCAGAACUGUCCCCCCUCGCACUUCAGUUGCCGCUGUCUCCAACCUUCUCUUCAUUAGACGGAGAGGGAUUGUCACCCACACCGUCUCUCGCAGACCUUGUACAUUUUUUCUCCACCGAUGAUGACCUUGCGAUGGGGGUGGAGUUUUCCAACGCAGAGACAAUGGCAGUUCCCUGCCCACCUCCAAGUGCUGUAGAAGCAAAUGCGCAGGACCCUUUUCAGCAGGUGACACCAACCCAAGCCAACAAAUCCUCCAGGCGCAAGAAGAAGUCCCGGCAGCGAAAGCUUGCUAAGACGGGACUGAAUCAGAAGACGGACGACUCCAACUACACUAGCAUGCAGCCUAACCUGGAGGAAGUGGAGGCAUUAUUUAUCUCUUUCACAUCAAAGGAGGCGCUCAAACUUCACACUGUGGACUCGUCUGAAGGAACGGCGUCGCAGCCUGAGACGACACCUGAGGGUCAGAACCUGCAACAAUCUGCGGACGCACCUGAGAGCGCAGAGACAGCGGAGUGUUUGGAGGAGAAGAUCGCUGCCUUUGAGAAGGUUCUCCUGACAGACCUGAAGCUGAUGAGACACCGACAGGUGAUCCACCCUGUGCUGCAGGAAGUCGGUCUGAAGAUGAACCUGCUGGAUCCGUCUCUGGCCAUAGAUCUGCAGUACCUGGGAGUCCGUCUUCCUAUCCCUCCUCCUGGUGUCUCUCUGGAGCCGCUGACCCAGGAGCUACCACCGCCUCAGGGUGUUUCUGCAGCGUUCGUGUCCAGAACCGGAAAAACAACAGACGUGACUCAGAUUAAAGGUUGGAGAGAGAAAUUCACUCCACCAGAGGCUCCGUCCGCUCCGGUGCCCGCCAACCCAGAAGCUGGUCCCAGAUCAGAGCUGCCGAAGAAGAACCUGUCGGCGUUCUGCAGCGACAUGUUGGACGAGUACCUGGAGAACGAAGGGAAGCUGAUCGACGAGCGAGCCGCCAGCUUCUCUCAGCCCGUGGCGGAGCCGGUGGUCUACGAGCUGCCCGUCAGGAGCACCAGCUACGUCCGGACCCUCGACAGCAUCCUGAAGAAGCAGUCCGUCAGCUCGCCCACCUCAGACCUCAUAUCUGGGUUCAUCCCCCCGUCCAAGAGACCCAAACUCACCCGCAAAGAGACCACAACAUCCAGGAGAGAAGACAGGAAGCAGAGAGGUCCAAAACCCAGGAAACUCAGAGGAGAACCUCCAGGUUCAGCAUCUGAGCCCAGUCCAGCUGACUUAAACCUGGUCCCCAAACAGCCUGCAGGUCCAUCAGAACUCACAGCCCCUCACAAGUCAAAGAAACACCUCCUGAAAGUCCAGUCCGACCACACAGAACUGUCAGCUCUCUCUCCACAACCCCCCGCCUUCAAAAGGAGGAAGAGGCUGAAACCCAAGACCUCGUCCCAAACCCUCAGCCCCCCCAGGUCCGCGGCCCCCCCACCCGGCCUCUCGGGAGACAUGGCUCCGCUGGAGUCAGACUCUGAGCUCGGGACUGCCGUCGAUCAGAGCGCUGACUCUUACAGAAAGGACAGCGGGCCCAUGAUGACCCGAGCUUUGCUGAGACAGAAGGACCUGGAGGACGGGGUGGUGUGGGAGGGCCGCCUCCGGACCAGCAUCACCGAGGAGAGGGCCACCAUCGCUCUGACCUCGCUCUUCACACUAAAGGGUUUUGUCAGCGAGAACCCGACCGCUCCCAUCCAGCUGGUCCGGAGACGGGCCCCUCCCUGCCUGAACGAGUUCUGCAGGCUGGGAUGCGUCUGCUCCAGCCUGGCACACCGCUCCACCGGCAGCCACUGCGGCCGGCCGCACUGCAUGCUGGGCUGCAGCUGCCUCAAACAGAAGGUGGUCAUCCUCAAGAACCUGGACGGGUCCGACUCCAGCCCCUCGCGCCACGACAACAACAAGAAGAGGAAGAGGAAGAGGAGGAUGAAGAUGGCCUACGUUCUGAAGGAGGCGGACACCGUCUCCCAGCCUGCCGAGCGCGUCCGGACUCUGUGGAAGAGGGACGUUGGAGACUCGGAUCCAGACCCGGUCCACAUCCCUGAGCCAGCAUCUCUGUCCCGGCCCGCCAAGAGGAGAGAGGACGACAGCAGCUGUGCCCGGGUCAGAGGUUACACGGGGAAGAAGAAGAAGAAGAAGACCAGGAAGCAGAGGGAUCCGUCUAACGGCCUGAAGUCUAACGGCGCUCGGCUGAAAGCUUUGAAACAGAGAGACCUGACACUCAGGGACACAGAGGCAGCACCCCCACCUCCUCCCCCAGCAGGUGAACCGGUCCAGCCGGUGCCCUCCGGCCGGCCCGCCACCCCUCCGGCGGAGCCGAAGCCGUCAAAGCGUCUGAUCAUCUUGGCGGAAUGUAAGUGGCUGAGCGACGCCGACCGGAACCACGUGUUGAAGAAGCUGUGCGAGGCGAUGGCUAUGGACCAACUGAACCGACCCUUCUGGAUCAGAAAGUACCUCAUCAGUCCGAUCAGCCAGACGCAGGAGGAGAGCGGCGCUGACAGCUGCAUCCAGUACAAAAUCCACAUCUCCAGACCCCAACAGGACCAGGAACAACCAGCACAGCCAGAAAACCAGAAGGAGACAAACCAGCAGCAGCAGGAACGCCUCAAACAGGUGCUCGGGGAGGCGCAGCCCUACGAAGACUGGCAGCGAGAGGUGGAGGAGGAAGAGGCGGAGCCUCUCGAAGACUGGCAGCGAGAGGUGGAGGACGGUGACAUCGAGGAAGAGGCAGGAUCAACAGCUCACCAGGUGCAUGAUGGGGGAGAGAGAGCAAAGCUGAGGUCGAAGGAGGAGAGGGUCAGCAUGGCUCUGCCUUUCCUGACGGGAAUCUCGCCCGCCGGCUUCCUCUCAGCCAACAGGAAGCAGCAGGGGGCAACAGAGCACACGGUCCAGGUGAACGGGAAGCUCUAUCCUCUGGCUAAGAUCCAGUUGGGGAAGAUGGGGGCGCUCCAUCCUGCGAACAGACUGGCAGCCUAUCUCACCGGCCGGGUGGGCUCCAACAGGAACCAACAAGGUUCUCCUUCCUCUUCCUCCCCCUCUAAACCUCCUCAGAACCAGAGUCCAGGACCGACCCUGAUCACCGUGUCCUCAGAUACCUCUGUGGUGUCUGGCCUCGCUGCCGCCCCCCCACCCAGGCCUCAGACCUCCUCCACAGACUGUCAGGUGAGCAGCUCGGUGGUUCCACCUGGAAAUCCGGCUUCUAAAGGCCCUCAGCUGUUGAUGGUUCAGGUCCCGGGCCCUCACAGGAAGCUUCCCGUACCGGGCCCGGCUCCCGGCCCCCCGCUGCCCCCCUCCACCGGUCAGAGGAUGGUGCUGCAGCCGGUCCAGGCAGCGUCAGGCCUUCAGUACUACCGCAGACCGGACGGUAAACUGGUCCAACUGGUUCCCAUCAGCCAGCUCAGAACCAGAGGUGCCCCCUCCCCCUCGGUCCUCCCUGCUGCACCUCGUGAGCCUGCAGUCGCCGCUGUUGUUGGGAACCAAACACGCCCUCUGACCACAGUGACAACCUCCACCGGCCCCUCCCCCUCCUUCUCCUCCCUGUCUGGCCUCCAGUCCUUCUCCGUGGCCCCCCUCUCGUCCCCGCUCCGGCCCGCCUCUGGUUUCCUGGCCCAGAAGGGGACGUGCACCUUUAAAAUCAUCCCCGCCGCCUCCAGAAAGGAACCCAUUGUCGUCACCUGCCCUAAACUGCCCCCCCGACCCCCCAUCAAAGUGGUGACUGCCGCCGGCGCCUUCACCGUCCUCCAGCCCCCCGCCCCCCCGAUGAACCUCGUCUCCCUCAACACCUCCGCAGGUGCGAGGGCCGAGCUUGGGGUCAGAACGGCGGCGGUGUCUGCGGCCCCUGUGGCUCCUAAAUUCCAGGAGAAACCUGCUUCACCACAAACCACCAACAUCCAGACCCCUGCAGGGGCCGCACACAGACCGCCAUGCCCUCCUGCUCCAGCACGGUCCGGGUCAGGGGCCACACCCGGACCCCCGCCGUACCCCCCUGCUGACAGGUUCAGCCUUGAGCCGGAGCCGGCCUGCGGCCUGGUGGACCUGGACAUCAUCUGCGUGGACGACAAGACGGGGCUCUUUACCACGACGGAGACAGAGGGCGGGGCCAAGCGGCCGUCGGACACGGUGGAUGUGGAGGCGUCCUCGAGCAGCGAGACGGAGAACUCGUCAGACUUCACGGAAGAGACGGAGAGCGGAGAAGAGACGGGGGAGGUCGUAAGCGUCCACCGCUUAAAUCACAACGCGCUGGAGAAGCAGCGUCGAAGGAAGAUGUGGCAGCUGUUCGAAGGUCUGAGGAGAGAAGUGGGACUGAGCCAGGAGAGGACGUCUAAGGUGUCCACGCUGACGAAGGCGGUGCAGGUGAUCCAGCAGCUGAGGAAGACAGAAACAUAUCUAGAGAAGAAGAAGAGGAGGCUGAUGAAGAGGAGAGACGACUUCCUCACCACCAUCGCUCCAUCAGCAGGUAGCUCUAUUUAUCAGAGGCUUAUAAUAUAAAUCAGCAGAAGAAUAAACAUGACACCAAAAUAAAUACUGACUACAGAAAU